AAACGGAGAAACCGAGCAACGUUUACCAGUUUCCAGUUGGAGGAAAUGGAACGAAUUUUUCAGAAGACUCACUACCCGGAUGUUUAUGCCCGGGAACAACUCGCCCUAAGAUGUAAUUUAACUGAAGCCAGGGUACAGGUUUGGUUUCAGAAUCGCCGAGCAAAAUGGCGAAAACGUGAA